AUGGCCGGAGACAACGAGAAUGAGCAGAAUGGCCUUUCAGCCGCUAGCUUUUGGGAAUAUCGAGGCCAUCAAAAGACAGUGAAACGUGUUGAAGCAGCCAAUAAACUCUGUAGUGAGCUGUCACUCAUGAUACACGAACGUGCGGAGCUUGAGCGUAUGUAUGCCGCUAACCUGAAGCGAUGGACCGCUCGGUGGCUAAACUUUCUGGACUCUGGUUUAGUCUAUGGUUCUAGUAUGUCUCCAUGGAAAGGACUAUGCCAAGAAGCUGAAGCUAUCUCCAACGCUCAUCAGGUUAGUGAAUUAAUUCACUGCAUUCCUUAA